AUGUACAACCGUGUUCCACCUAACUCCCAAGCAAUCCACCAGAAAACACAUAUAUACAAACCCAACGAUUGUUAUCAAAAUUCGGAAGCUUUUCCAAUCUAUUCAGUUGGAACUUGAGCUAACGUUCAGUGCGGCGCCGCCUGUUCUAAGUUCUAACCGAACUGAAUCAAACUAGUUCUUCCCAAGCAUAAGCAAAGCAAGCACCUUAAGUAUCAGUGUUUCUUUGUUAGCUUUAAGCCUCAACUCAGUCAGCUAGCUGUACGAGGAACAAUAUUAUCAAUGGCGUCCGACCCCGAGCGACCGGCGCACUCUUCCCGCCGAGAGGUUCAGAAUUCAGACUAUGUCCAGAUGCCACUUCUUAAUGGGGGCCAAUAUUCAGACAACUAUUCUGUUCUUGCCGCAGUGCUCCCGUUUUUAUUCCCAGCUCUUGGAGGAUUACUGUAUGGCUAUGAUAUCGGUGCCACAUCUUGUGCAACAAUAUCCGUAGAGUCGGCCACAUUAAGUGGAACAUCAUGGUACGAUUUGUCGUCUGUGGAAAUUGGUCUUAUAACCAGUGGCUCACUAUAUGGUGCCUUGAUUGGCUCUUUGCUGGCCUUUAACAUUGCUGACUUCUUAGGAAGGAGGUGGGAGCUGAUUUCGUCCGCUUCAGUAUACCUUAUUGGAGCUAUAGUAACAGCACUAGCACCUGACUUGCCUGUUAUGGUGAUUGGGCGUGUAGUAUUUGGUAUAGGAAUUGGACUGGCAAUGCAUGCUGCUCCCAUGUAUAUUGCUGAGACAGCUCCAACUCAGAUACGAGGUCGACUAAUAUCACUCAAAGAGUUCUUUAUAGUACUUGGAAUGGUUGCUGGUUAUGGAAUUGGUAGUCUUUUAGUCAGCAUAGUUGGUGGCUGGCGGUAUAUGUAUGGAGCUAGUGUCCCCCUGGCAGUAAUUAUGGGAAUCGGAAUGUGGUGGCUACCAGAGUCACCUAGAUGGAUCCUCCUACGCGCCAUUCAAGGAAAAGGGAAUAUGAAUGAUUUGAAAGAUUCUGCAAUCAGGUGCUUGUUCCGGCUUAGGGGUACAAUUAUUGGCGAUUCAGCUCCUGCACUAGUAGAUGAGAUGCUGGAUGAGCUUUCUUAUGUUGGUGAAGAGAAAGAAGCUACAUUCUUCGAGAUGUUUCGUGGAAAAUGCAAGAAAGCCCUCGUGAUCGGUGCAGGACUAGUAUUGUUCCAACAGAUAACAGGGCAACCAAGUGUAUUGUAUUACGCCGCAUCAAUUUUUCAGAGUGCAGGAUUCUCGGAAGCUUCUGAUGCAACACGGGUUUCAAUUGUACUUGGGUUAUUCAAGUUGGUAAUGACUGGAGUAGCUGUGCUUGUUGUUGAUAGACUUGGGAGGCGACCUCUACUACUUACAGGUGUUUCUGGGAUGGCCAUCUCUUUAUUCCUCUUGGGAUCAUAUUACCUUUUCUUUGAUGAUACACCAGCCGUAGCUGUGGUUGCUCUGUUGGCAUAUGUUGGGUGUUAUCAGUUCUCCUUUGGUCCCAUUGGUUGGCUCAUGAUAUCAGAAAUUUUUCCCUUGAGAUUAAGAGGGCGCGGACUUAGCAUAGCCGUGCUUGUGAACUUUGCUUCAAAUGCGUUGGUGACAUUUUCAUUUUCCCCUCUAGAGGCGUGGCUGGGAGCUGGAAUAUUGUUUUAUGUAUUUGGAGGAAUUGCUGUGGCAUCUCUUGUUUUCAUUUUCUUCAUUGUUCCAGAGACAAAAGGGCUUACACUUGAGGAAAUCGAGACCAAAUGCAUUUAGGAAAUCGAGACAAAUCAAAACAAUUGUAUGGUUUCAUGUACGCAUGGAUAUACAUUUUCUCAUAUCCAGUAGUGUACGACUUUUACGGUGUUGUAUACUAGUAGAGUAUCUCCUGUUGGAAACUUGGAAUACCAAUAUCUUCAUUGGAUCAUGUAUCUUGUUUCACUAAAAUAUCAUGUGUAUUCUUUAGUAUUGAGGAAAUAAACAUUUGGCCACAUACAACUAUGCA